GCGGGGGGUGGAGUGUGAAAUCUGAGCCCUCAAAGGAGGGAGAAAACCAUUUCUUGACUGCUCUGUCGAGUCUAGGCGGGCCGAAGAGACAGUUUAAAGCUUUAGAAGUAAACAAACCUGGUUCCCUUUUGCAGCGAGGAGGCGCUGACAGGAGGGCUAGAAGGCGAAGAUGCCGGGUACGGACUUUCUGAUCUUGAAGGCCUUUGAGCCCUACUUCGAGAUUUUGGAAGUAUAUUCCACAAAAGCCAAGAAUUAUGUGAAUGGGCAUUGCACCAAGUAUGAGCCCUGGCAGCUGAUUGCGUGGAGUGUGAUGUGGACGCUGCUGAUAGUCUGGGUAUAUGAGUUUGUCUUCCAGCCUGAAAGUUUAUGGUCAAGGUUUAAAAAGAGAUGUUUUAAGUUCAUCAGGAAGCUGCCUAUUGUUGGUCGCAAGAUCCAAGAUAAGUUGAACAAGACUAAGGAUGAUAUUAGCAAGAACAUGUCCUUCCUGAAAGUGGAUAAAGAAUAUGUGAAAGCUCUGCCCUCUCAAGGUCUGAGCACGUCUGCAGUUCUGGAGAAGCUCAAGGACUACAGCUGUCUGGAUGUCUUGUGGCAGGAAGGGAAGGCCUCCGGAGCAGUGUACAACGGGGAGGAGGAGCUCACCAAACUCCUCGUGAAGGCUUAUGGCAAUUUUGCCUGGAGUAAUCCACUGCAUCCAGACAUCUUCCCGGGACUUCGUAAGAUCGAGGCAGAGAUUGUGAGGAUAGCUUGUUCCCUCUUCAAUGGGGGACCAGACUCCUGUGGAUGUGUGACCUCUGGGGGGACAGAAAGCAUAUUGAUGGCCUGCAAAGCUUAUCGGGACCUGGCCUUCGAGAACGGGAUAAAAACUCCUGAAAUUGUGGCCCCCCAAAGUGCCCAUGCUGCAUUUGACAAAGCAGCCAAUUAUUUUGGGAUGAAGAUUAUUCGGGUUCCACUGAACAAAAUGAUGGAGGUGGAUGUUCGGGCAAUGAGAAGAGCCAUCUCCAAGAACACUGCCAUGCUCGUCUGCUCUACCCCACAGUUUCCUCAUGGUGUGAUAGAUCCUGUUCCUGAAGUGGCCAAGCUGGCUGUCAAAUACAAAAUACCUCUUCAUGUAGACGCUUGUCUAGGGGGAUUCCUCAUCGUCUUUAUGGAGAAAGCAGGAUACCCACUGGAGCAACCAUUCGAUUUCCGGGUGAAAGGUGUGACCAGCAUUUCAGCUGAUACUCAUAAGUAUGGCUACGCCCCCAAAGGCUCCUCAGUGGUGUUGUACAGUGACAAGAAGUAUCGGAGCUAUCAGUUCUUCGUCGCCACAGAUUGGCAAGGUGGCAUCUACGCUUCCCCGACCAUCGCGGGCUCACGGCCUGGUGGCAUCAGUGCUGCCUGUUGGGCCGCGUUGAUGCACUUCGGUGAGAGCGGCUAUGUUGAAGCCACCAAACAGAUCAUCAAAACCGCUCGCUUCCUCAAGUCUGAACUGGAAAACAUCAAAGGCAUCUUUGUUUUUGGGAAUCCUCAGUUGUCAGUCAUUGCUCUGGGCUCCCGGGAUUUUGACAUCUACCGGCUCUUUAACCUGAUGACUGCGAAGGGGUGGAACUUGAACCACUUGCAGUUCCCACCCAGUAUUCAUUUCUGCAUCACGUUAGUACACACCCGGAAGCGAGUAGCCAUACAGUUCUUAAAGGACAUCCGGGAAUCUGUCACUCAAAUCAUGAAGAAUCCUAAAGCGAAGACCACAGGAAUGGGUGCGAUCUACGGCAUGGCCCAGACAACCGUUGACAGGAACCUGGUGGCAGAAUUGUCCUCGGUCUUCUUGGACAGCCUUUUCAGCACAGACACUGUAACUCAGGGCAGCCAGAUGAAUGGUUCUCCAAAACCCCGCUGAACCCAAACCCUUUCUAGCUCUGAGGGGCUUCUGGCCUCCAGAAGGUUCUCAGGGUGUGGGACAGGCCACACACAGUUUCAACAUCUGGUCUUGCUCCACAGAGCACAGUGAGACAGACCAUGAGACAGCUUGACCCUCAGGAUUCUUGUUCCUCGUUUUUAUCAUCCUUUUGUGGUUUUUAAAGUGACAACCCUGAAGAUUCCGUUACGUAAUUAUUUUGCCCUUGUUCUAAAUAUUACCCUAGCAACUGUUUUAACCAUUUCCUUCUCUAACCUCUAGCUUCCAACUUCACUUAGUCAUUGUGGGGCAGCUCUGACCUGACCUGAUUCCUUAGGGAAGCUGAGUUCAGUUUAUGAGAU